AUGGAGUAGUACAACUAAUGAUGUUUGUGUACAAGCAAAUUAUCCUUUCUUCGUUCCAAAAUCUACUUCAGUUAGAAGAAAUAGUAUUAGUAUUUCUACCCCUGCUGAUAGAUUAAACAGUGUUAAAAAUUCUAGUACUCAUAUUAAAAGAAAUAGUAGUAAUGCCAUUAAACCUCCAACUAUUCGUGAAGAAGUGAUUCAUUAUUUUGAAGUUACAGUUUUAUCAAAAGCUACAGAUGUUGAUACAAUUAUUUCUGUCGGUUUAUCUACAAAACCAUAUCCUUACUUUAGAUUACCAGGAUGGAAUAAACAUUCUGUUGGUUAUCAAUCAAAUAAUGGUUCUUUAUAUCAUAAUGAUAUGAAUUCUGGUAAAGAAUAUGCUUUAUCUUAUACUGUUGGGGAUACGAUAGGAUGCGGUUAUAAACCUGGAACAAAUGAAAUCUUCUUUACCAAAAAUGGUGAUUACUUGGGUCCUUAUACCACUUCCAAUUUUACAAAUAAUCCAUUUAUUGCUAAUGAUGAUAAUUUACGUCACAUUUGGUAUCCUACUAUUGCUGCUAAUGGACAAUGUAAAUUAGAAAUUAAUUUUGGUGGUGAAAUUUCUGAAGGUUCAAAAGAUUUAUUUAAAUAUAAAUUGGCUAGAAAUUUUGGUCCUGGUGCUCCUAUUUCUGUAGUUAAACAAUUAAGAGGUGGUGAAUUAAUUGGUAGUUAUGAAAAAUGUAAAUCUGAAAAUGUUGAAUUAGAACGUGUCGGAUUAUAAAAAAGACGCGUUAAUAAACUAAAAAAAAAAACCGGGAAAGAAACAAUUACAAUCUCAAAAAUUCUUUUUUAUAUAGAAAAAGAAAAUAUUUGCUGGUACAGAUAUUUCAUUAUUAAAAAUCAAAACGGGAUUAAUGAUAAUGAAUGGAAUAGAAUUUACAAAUGGGGAUUUGAUGAAAUUAGUAUUAAAAAAAUAUAUAUAAAUAUACGGAGAUUCUCGAUAUAACGACGGCGACAUGUUUUUAGACUCUGGAUUCUGAUUGCUGCUUAUCGAGAUGACGUAUAUUCUUAUUUUUUUUUAAUUUUUUU